AUAGAUAAUAAUAAAGAAAUAAUAAAAAAAAGAAGAGUGAAAUAAUUAAAAAAAAAACGCAAAAAUGUGCGGUGGAUUUACGUGUUCAAAGAAUGCAUUAAUUGCCUUAAAUAUUUUAUAUGUGAUGGUGGGCUUCCUACUGAUUGGUGUCGGUGUCUAUGCCCGUGCCGCAUCAAUUGUUACAAAUCUACCCAUUGUUGGCGGUAUACUGGCAUGCGGCAUAAUCUUGAUAUUAAUAUCGAUAUUGGGUCUAGCUGGUGCUGUUAAACAUCAUCAAGUUAUGCUGUUCUUUUACAUGAUCAUUUUGUUCUUGCUCUUCCUGAUACAAUUCUCCAUUGCCAGUUCAUGUUUGGCCGUGAAUUCGGAACAGCAACAGGAAUUUGCCGAAGAAGGAUGGAAUCGUGUGCCAGCGUCAAUGCACAAACAAGUGCAGGACACCUUCCUCUGUUGUGGUUUCAAUUCGACAAAUACCACGGCUGACGAAUCCUGUGAGGUGGUAAACAAACAAUGCUGUGUCGGUUCCUACGAUACCAAUUGCCAGUGUCCACCAUGUCUGCCCAAGUUGGAAGAUAAAAUCAAUUAUGUAUUCAAAUUGUGCGGUGGUUUGGGUAUAUUCUUUAGUUUUACAGAGGUACUUGCUGUAUUUUUAGCCCGUCGCUAUCGCAAUCAAAAUGAUCCUGACUAUCUGCCAGCACGUGCAGUGUUCCCACAUAAUUAUAUUUACUAA